UCGUUUAAAUAUCGGAGUAAGGCUGUGACAAGUGUCGAGCGAGUGCAAGUGCAAGUGCAAGUGCAGCGGAAAUAAUACUUCAUUUAAUAUACUCCAAUUAAAAGUAUUUCAAGUGCCGACAAAGAAACACAUCAAAGUGUUUCAAGCGAAAUGAGUUUCGGAGCUUUUGAAUGCGAGGUGCUUGAGGCCCAUAACCAAUAUAGGGCCAGGCAUGGCGCACCUCCAUUACAGUUGGAUGAGAACUUAUGUAGAGUGUCUACCCAAUGGGCUCAGCAUUUGCUGAACACAAAUAGCUUCCAGCAUCGGCAGAAUAAUAAAUAUGGCGAGAAUCUGUAUAUGGCAUCGGGUGGCAAUUUGGGCGGUGCAGACGCUGUAAAGUCGUGGUACGAUGAAAUUAAAGAUUAUAACUUUAAUUAUCCAACUUUUCAAUCGUCCACUGGUCACUUUACCCAAGUGGUUUGGAAGAGCUCCAAGCUGCUGGGUGUCGGUAUCGCUCGCAGAGGCAACACUGUUUACAUAGUAUGCAACUACGAUCCACCUGGCAACUUUAUGAACAACUUCAGGGAGAAUGUUCUUCGUGGAAACUGAUAUUCAACUGCGACAAGUUGGCAGUUGAUGAAAUAAAAAUUAUUCUUUUGUAUAAAUAUUUCAAAAUAUUAUAUUCAACUAUUUUAACACUGUAUAUGAAGUCUUCGACUAUAAUUUAUAUUUAAAUAAAUAACACU